AUGGCAGCCACGGCACAUAACGAAGUUUCUAUAGUAGAGCUGAAGGCGGAGAUUGAAAGGCUCAGUCGGGAGCUGGACCAGGCCAGCAGCGAGAAGAUACAAUCAGCCCAGUUGGGUCUGGUCCUUCUGGAAGAGAAAAGUGCACUGCAACAACGAUGUGAUGAAUUAGAAAGCCUUUACGAGAACACAAAACACGAACUUGAGAUCACCCAAGAGGCAUUAAUGAAACUUGACACAACUCAAAAGGUGACCACACAAAGUGGUAUUGAACAAGAAAAUGCUCUCCUUAAUGAGUCUGCUGCUAUGGAAAGCUCUCUCACAUUCCAAAUUAUUGAACUGGAAGGAGAGACCAAACAGCUACGACAUGAGUUAGAACGCGUGGUGAGCGAACGGGACCGUCUACUGACAGAGAGUUCGGAGUUGGGAGCAGAUAAAUCGACGCGCGAGGCUGAGCGCGCUGCUCUCCGCGCUGAGCUGAGGGAAGCGCGGCAGAGGGAGCAGCGGCUGCUCGUGGACAUAGGGGACCUCGAAGACGAGAACAUCUCGCUCCAGAAGCAGGUUUCUGCACUACGUUCCUCUCAGGUUGAAUUCGAAGGAUUAAAACAUGAAGUCCGGCAAUUACGAGAAGAAGCUGAAAACGCGCGGGCAGCUGCUGAUGAGACGGCAGCGCUGCGGCGUAUUGCAGAACGACAACUGGCCGAAGCGCUGGAAGCGCUGCAGGCCGAGAGGGAAGCCAAAUUUGCCGCCAAGAAAGAACUGGACGCACACCUCAGCAGAGAAGCAGCUUACAACAUUACUAACUUGGCGUACAGUAUACGAGGUAUGCCAGAAGAUAGCGCAGAGGAGGAGGGAGAGCCUGGCGGCUCGUCAUCAGCAGAGUUGGCCACUGCUAUUGGUGACCACCAUGCGGACCUGUUCUCCGAGGUGCACCUGCACGAAAUUUCGCGCCUGGAGAAGCAACUCGAGCAGGCUCACAACGAGAAUAGCCAGCUGAGCGCGUCGGCGCGCGCGGCGCAGGCGGCGGCGGAGCGCGAGGGCGCGGCGGCGGGCGCGCUGCGCACCGGCCUCAUCCGCGCCACCUCGCGCGUCUCUGCGCUCAGCGCGCUGCACAAGGACUGCGCACCCGAGGAGAAGGAGGAGAAAUGCGAGGGCGGCGUGGCGGCGCGCGCGGCGCGCUGGCUGACGUGGUGGCGCGUGUCGGGCGGCGAGCUGGCGGCGCUGCGCGACGCGCUGGCCGAGCUGGCGGCGGCCGAUCCCGAGGCAGGCAGCUCGCCCGCAGCGCUGCAGCGCCAGGCGCUCGCGCAGCUCAGCGACCGCGUGGCCGAGGCCGAGCUGCGCUGCGCCGCGCUGCAGGCCGACGCGGACCUGCUGCGCACGCUCGCCGGCGGAGCGGGGCGCGCGCUGGCGAGCGCGGCGCCGGCGCUGUCGAGCGCGGCGGAGACGCUGGCGCAGCUGUACCACCAUGUGUGCGCUGUCAACGGCACGCAGCCCGAGCGCCUGCUGCUCGAGCACGCCGGCCACCACGACGGCGGCGGCUCCGAAGGCCGUAGCGUGGAAGAGGAAGCGCUGGCGCUGGCAGCUGGAGAGCUAGAAGGAUUGCGAGCGGCCGGCGGUGUGGCGCGCUCCGCGGACACACUGCUGGAUCAGCUGACGCACCUGCGCGCAGCGCUCGACACCGCGCUCGACUCACGACACCGCCACCAGCCCGUAAUGGAAACGGAAGAACGCGGCGCGGAGCUCGCCGAUUUACAAGAGCAAGUGAUCAAGCUGAAGUCUCUGCUGUCCACGAAGCGCGAACAGAUCGCCACCUUGCGUACCGUGCUCAAGUCCAACAAGAACACGGCCGAGGUGGCCCUCGCCAACCUCAAGUCUAAGUACGAGACCGAGAAGAUCAUCGUCACGGAAACCAUGCUGAAGUUGAGGAACGAACUGCGCCUGCUCAAGGAGGACGCCGCUACUUUCUCAAGUCUGCGCGCGAUGUUCGCGGCGCGCUGCGAGGAGUACGUGACGCAGGUGGACGAGCUGACGCAGGCGCUGGCCGGCGCCGAGGACGAGAAGAAGACGCUCAACCAGCUGCUGCGCCUCGCCGUGCAGCAGAAGCUCACGCUCACGCAGCGCCUCGAGGAGCUCGAGGUGGACCGGGAGAUGCGCACGCGGCGCGUGCCGAAGCCGGCGAGCGCGCCGCGCGCUCGGCCGCGCGACUUCUAG